CUGUUCAGGGCAGGGCAGCUGAUAGAGGAACUCACACACACCAACAUGAAGAAAACCUGCACAAACUGAAGACUUUAAACACACACACACAGUCUUAUUCUGUCAGGAUGAUGGAGUGUCAAACAGAUUUUGCGGUGGAGGAGAAGAUGGAAAUUGAGCGACUGAAGAUGCACAAAGAGAUCCUGCUGGAGGAUAUUGAAAAACUAAAGAACCAGAUUGAAAACGUCAUGGCAGAUAUCCAGGGCUUCAAAUCUGCAGAGGACAAAGAGGAGAUGAACCUGCAGAUCCUGAAAGCGUUUGUGGACCUGCACGAGUUCUCACAUCUGAACCUGGUUCAGGCGUUACGGCAGUUCUUAUGGAGUUUCCGUCUGCCGGGUGAAGCUCAGAAGAUCGACCGUAUGAUGGAAGCUUUUGCCACACGCUACUGUAACUGUAACCCGGGUGUGUUUCAGUCCACAGACACGUGUUAUAUUCUGUCAUUUGCCAUCAUCAUGCUGAACACGAGUCUACACAACCCCAACGUUAAGGACAAAACCACACUGGAACGAUUCAUCAGCAUGAACCGAGGAAUAAACAAUGGCAGCGACCUGCCUGAUGACCUGCUGACGAAUCUGUACAACAGCAUUCAUAAUGAACCCUUCAAGAUCCCAGAGGAUGAUGGGAAUGAUCUGACACACACAUUCUUCAAUCCUGACAGAGAGGGCUGGCUGCUCAAACUGGGUACAUCACUCACUCGCUCUCUCUCUCUCUUUCUCUCUCUCUCGGGUAACUGCACGACAGUUCAUGCUUUUAUUUCUGAUGGCAGCAGCAUCACACAGAAGCUGAAUCUGUGA